AUGUCAUCCACAAAAACAGCCAUCGUCCUCGUGGACCCGUACAACGACUUCCUUCACCCAGAUGGCAAACUCACCCCGUUCCUCAAAGACCUCGAGGAGCGAAACGCCGUGCAGAACAUGAAAGACCUUGUUCAAGCAGCUCGCUCCCGCAACAUCCCAGUCUACUACGGUCUACACCAGCAGUGGUCCGCUGACAAAUUCCACGACUGGAAACAUAUGACGCCCAGCCAUGUGAGACAGCGCGAUAUCCAUUUCUUUGAGGAAGGCAGUUUUGGUGCGAAGAUUUACGAGGGGCUUGAGCCUGAUCUCGCGAAUGGGGAUGUGGUUGUUAGCAAGCAUUGGAAUAGCGAUUCCUUCUCGCACACCGACCUCGAUUAUCAGCUCCGGCAGCGCGAGAUUACAAAUCUCGUUCUAGCGGGGCUGACCGCUAAUACGUGCUUGGAGGCCACUGCGCGCCAUGCAUUUGAGCUUGGAUACCAUGUUACCAUCCUAAAGGAUGCCACUGCUGGGUGGUCGAGCGAGCUGACCAAGGCCGGGGAGCUGGUUUGGCCAUUGUUUGCGACUGUUCGGACCGUGGAAGAGUGGGAGGAUAGUCUGGGUGCCUGA